GCGUUUUAUCACUAAUUCUCCGUUGUUUGCAUACCUAGACCCUAACCAGACUGGUUGGCAGGCAAAAUACCUCCAGAAGACACUUAUACGACUCGCCCCCACAUCAGUCCAACAGCGACAUCAUUAACUCCAGUCUUUGGUCGAAGGUCCAUCACCGGGGGGAGAAUAAUUCCUUCUGAGGACGUUCGAGCCGCGUGCUGGGCCGUUGACUCAAAUUUGCUUAUGUCCGAGCAGCCUUUUGGCCUCGCAAUGCGGCUCCAGGCCCCAUUUCCUCGCUUCGGCUUGGUAUGGGAAUGAAGCCUGAUAUUCUGGAAGGACCUUCUGCUUGAUCCUCUUCCGUCGCUUCAUUUUGCAUUCCAACUAUAAAGCUCCUGCGGCGUAGAGAUCGAAGUAUCAAUGAUGGAGCCCACUUCUCUGUUUAUCGUCGCUCUUCUGGCCAUUGCCAUCACUAUUUUAAUCUCCAGACGAAAACGUUCUGUAGUCAACCAACUUCGAGGACCUGCAGCGGAAUCCUGGCUUCUUGGUAAUGAAUAUGCGAUUAAGUAUCAAGAUCAAGUAGGCGAUUUGGAUUUUCUUUGGUUUCGCGAAUACGGUCCAGCGUUUCGUGGGGCGGCUUGCUACGGUAAAGAUACGUUGGUCCUCGGUGAUCCGAAAGGUUUACAGCAUGUUCUUCACGGCUCUGGAUACCGUUACCCCAAAGCUGCGGAUUCAGAUUAUAACCUGAACAUAUUAUUCGGGAAGGGAAUCAUUACAGUAGCUGGGUCUGUUCAUCAACGUCACAGGAAAGUCAUGAAUCCCGCAUUCUCAGCAGCACAGCUCCGGACUUUUCUGGUCCUUUUCCAACGCUCGGCGAGGAAGCUCUCUCAAAAGCUCACUGACAUGGCGGAAGGCGGACAAUCAAAUAUCAAUAUAACGCUAUGGCUUGGAAAGCUGACUUUGGACAUUAUUGGCGAAAGUGCUUUCGGAUACCAAUACGGCGCACUCGAUGACGAAAAUAACAAUCUGGCUAACACACUGAACAAUUUAUUCCAUGAUGCAGGAAUAUUUCCCUCUCGCGCUGGAAUACUAUUCUCGGCGUUGCCAAGAAUCAUGCCAAAGCCUCUUCUCCAACUCUUGGAUCUCAUUCCUUCCAGACAAAAGACGCAUUUCUCAAGUUUCAAUGUCGCUGCAAAAAAGGUUGGACAGGAACUGCUCAAAGAGAACGUCGAGGGAAACGAUGAACUAGAUUCAUCAACAGGUAAAGAUGUUCUGAGUAUCCUAGCGCGCGCAAAUUCCCAGGAGGAAGAGAAGAAACGACUAAGUGACGAUGAGGUCCUUGCUCAGAUAGCUUCACUUACAUUGGCGGGACACGAGACCACCGCGUCCACGCUCACCUGGUGUCUAUUUGAGCUGUGUAACCAUCCUGAGCUGCAAGAUCGUAUCCGCGCAGAAAUUGCGGAAGUCCGAAGCCGAUAUGAAACCAAAGGCGAUCUCACUUCGACAGAUUACGAUGGUAUGCCGUUCAUGAAUGCUGUAAUCAAGGAAACACUCCGGUUCCAUCCUAUUGCUCCUGCCCUGCUCCGUGUCGCGGCCUGUGACGACGUUAUCCCACUUACCGACCCAAUUACCACGUCCACGGGAGCCAAGCUUACUGAAAUACCCGUGGAGAAGGGCCAGCUUGUUGAAAUUGCAAUCGCAUACUAUAAUCGAAAUCCAACUGUAUGGGGCUCUGAUGCCGAUGUUUGGAACCCAGAUCGAUUCUUGGGCGAAAUGGAUAAACAGACACCAGUUGGGGUUUUUGCUAACCUUCUGACCUUCAGCGCUGGAGUCCGCUCCUGUAUCGGUUGGCGCUUCGCCGUUAUGGAGCUGCAAGUCAUCCUGUUCGAGCUCCUUGAGACCUUCAAGUUCGCUUUCCCCAAGGCAGGAAUUGACAUUAAGCGGCAGCAUGCCGGAGUUAUGAUCCCCAUGGUGCGAGAUGAGAUGUCCAAGGGUACUCAGAUGCCGCUGCGCCUGAUUCCGAGUCCCGUUCAAUACUGACGAAUGAGAAAAGCUUGUAUUAUAGUAACCCUGAGCAAAUGUUUGCAUGUAUUAAAACAGUUGAAUACACCACUAGGCCAUCCGAGGUCCGAUAAUUAAC